UUAAAUAAAAAAUUGUAUAUAUAAAUGAAUAAAAUUUCUCCCUUACAUGCAAUAAAAAAAAAAAUUUCCUGUUUGACAAUAAAAAACGAAAAAAUAUUAUUCAAAUAAUUUGUAAUAUUUAAACCAUGUCUACAAACUCAAAUACAUCCUCAACUUCAAAUAAUAACAAUCCAUCGUCUUCAUCUCAAACUCAACCUAAUAAUAACGUUUAUAGUGGCGUUAAUAGCCAAGGAAACAGUUGGACUCAUCGUGGAGACUCAGUAGCACCUGGCGGUUCUUUUCAUUACUCAAACAAUGAUGGUUCCUAUUAUUAUCAAAAUCCUAACGGUUCGAGGUAUUACAACGAUGGAAAAGGAAAUUCUUAUUAUGAAAGAGAAUGAAUUUUUAAUAUUUAUUUAGCAUUAUCUCUUUUUCCUUUUCUCUUUGAAAUUUCUCUUUUUU